UGUUUAGUAACUUGGCUGAACUUGGCCUCUCACUUCUUCACUGACGUUGAAUUCUUGGCUUCGCAACUCAACAAAUCUGUACAGAGAAAACGAGCAACUUGUUACGUCACUACCAUCAUGGUUCUACAAAAGGCUUAUGACCGCUUCAGCUAUUGGUACUUCUCCUACACCAUUUUGUCCAAUGUCUACUUCUUGGAGCCAGUGGAACGAUGGGCAUGCAAUGCUAUGCUGGUGUUCUUCCUGGCGCUGGUGUUGUACACGUCGUAUGUGUAUCUCCCGGGCCAUUCCGUGAUGAUGCUGCAUUUCUUCCGAUACCUCUUUGGGAUGGAGACGGAAUCGGACGUGACAGUUGUUGAUUGAUCGUUCUAUCUAGCUGUCGGUUUAAGUUUAAGCAAGUGCUCAGCUUAUUUUUAUUUUCAUUUUCUUCAUGACGGCUCUGAUUUAUCCCAGUGUCCAUUUUGUACAUACAACCACGUCAACAGCUCUUCUAAGUUAUACAGAAGUUGCACUUACUUCUGAAGAAAUCAGGAAAUAAAAUUGGAAAGGGAGUUCUUUUUUUUUUUUUUUAAAUUAAUCUUUCUAAAAUCAGCACUUAUUUUACUGGGGGUUUUGGUUGUUUUUUUUUAACAUGUUUUUCAGAUUCCUUUACCCUUCUUCAUUGUCCUGAACUGUUCGUCAUCACUUGCAAACAAUGUGAUAUUUCUGUAUGCACACUUGGUUGUGCCUGUGACUUGCGGUGGAAAAAGGUGUCGAUUUUGUAUUUCCAUACUCAAAUACAUGUAAUUGUUUCGUAUUUUGCAUAAGCCUACAUGAUUAAGAGAGAUUGAGAGAGAGAGAAAGAGAGAGGGAGAGAGAGAGAGAGAGAGAGAGAGAGAGAGAGAGAGAGAGAGAGA